CUGCCAUAAAUAGCCAGGGGAUGCGCAACAAACUCAGCAGUAGCACUUUGACCAGCUCAACGAAAGGAUCGCCAGGAUGAGUGACUUCAGCAUCGACUACAUUUUGAACCGAGCCGGCGACAGAUACAUGGGAACCAAUGCAUCCUUAGGAGUCCUACAACGCCUACGAGGCAGUCUGCCGUUCCACCCGUACGCCUUUCAAUCCGCCAAGGAAGUAAAAGUCCGGGCAUCUCCUCCAUCGGCUCCAGAAGACGGCCAGCUGCCCAUCUAUGACUGGCUGCAGUACACCCGCUAUCAUCCGCCCAAGCUCCCCCGAGCCCUCCGCCAGAAUGGACCCGCCAAAAGGACUCCCGGCCGCCUGCCUCGCAUCCCUUUCACGCCUGCCCAGCUGCAGGCGCUGGAAAGGGCCUACAAAGAGUCCAACUACCUCAGCGCAGAGGACGCCAACAAGCUGGCUGACUCCCUGGAACUAACCAAUACUCGGGUGAAGAUCUGGUUCCAAAACAGAAGAGCCCGGGAGCGGCGAGAGAAGCGGGAAAAGGAUGAGAGCUGUGACUCCACCUUCUCCUCAAACGCCUCCAGUCCGGAACCGGAAAUGAUCGUUAUAGUAUAG